GCACAGCUGAUUUUGACAGAUUUUUUUUAUCAGUGAACAAUUUGAAAAUUUGGUGGCAAAUCCACGUAUAUAUUAAGGGAGGGUUUAAUUAAAUUAGGUGAAAUUUGAAAACAUUAACAAUAUUUAAAACCGUAAAUAUACUUCUGUAAUUCAAAACCAUUGCCGAAGGUGAUUUAAAAUGAGUGGGAUUACGAUAGCUAUAAGCGCUGUAAUCGCCGCUUGCGCUUAUCUUUCUACCAUUCGAAUGAUCCCGAGGUUCAAAGAUAUGUUUAUUAAAGCCGGCUUGUAUGGUAAAGACCUCUGUAAGCGCGAACAACCACAAAUACCAGAAUCAUUCGGGGUAUUAAUUGGAUGCGCUUUUCUUGUGGCUAUGUUUCUUUUUAUACCGAUUCCAUUUACAUUCGAAGAGGCUGCAUUGCUUGACGUAAAGACAGGCGCCAAACCUGCAACUUUUCCACAUGAAGAGUUUGCAGAGAUGAUUGCAGCACUCUUGUCUAUUUGUUGUAUGAUUCUGCUAGGCUUCGCUGAUGAUGUUUUAGACCUGCGUUGGCGUCACAAGUUACUUCUACCAACGAUGGGCACAUUGCCCUUACUAAUGGUUUACUAUGUGAAUUUUAACAUUACAACAGUAAUAAUGCCAAAGUUUGCUAGACCGCUAUUGGGCUAUUCGUUGGAUAUUGGCAUUUUCUAUUACAUCUAUAUGGGUAUGCUUGCCGUUUUUUGCACAAAUGCAAUAAAUAUCUUAGCUGGAAUCAACGGCCUAGAAGUUGGACAAUCCAUUGUGAUUAGCGCAUCCGUUUUAUGCUUCAACAUCAUUGAAUUGGCGCUUGGGCACCAAGUUGAUUGUCAUAAGUUCUCGAUUUAUCUAAUGCUUCCAUUUUUAGCGGUUUCGCUUGCGCUUUGGAAGUAUAAUAAAUAUCCGUCACAAGUGUUUGUCGGCGAUACGUAUUGCUAUUUUGCUGGUAUGACAUUUGCUGUCGUCGGAAUAUUGGGACAUUUUAGCAAAACUCUCUUACUCUUCUUCAUACCUCAAAUUUUAAACUUUUUGUAUUCAGUGCCGCAGCUUUUUCACUUCGUGCCAUGCCCCCGACAUCGUUUGCCUAAAUAUGAUGCUAGGACAGAUUUACUACACAUAAGUACGACGGAAUUCCACCCGGAGAAAUUGAACAAGCUGGGAUUGCUAAUGGUGCUUGUGCUGAAAAAGUUGAAACUAAUAUCGUGGCAACAACAAAGUGACGGCCGAGUGAUUACCAAUAAUUUUACGCUCAUCAAUCUGGUUUUGGUUGUAUUUGGACCCGUACACGAGAAGGUUGUUACGCAAUUUUUGAUGGGCCUACAAGUGAUCUGUACCUUAUGUGCAAUGGUUAUACGAUAUCCUCUGGCUAGCUUCUUUUAUGAUACCUAAUUUAUAAGAUGUAUUCCUAAUUUUGUACGUAUGCGUACAUAUGUAUAGUACUUGACUAGGUAUUUUGUCAGACGAUUUGUAUUUUUGUUGAGACCAAAAAUUUAAAUAAGUGUAUACUAUAAGAAGUCUGAUUGUAAAACUCUAAAACUAGUGUAAGUUAAUUUCAAAGUGCAAAUACAGAAAUGGAAAAAAUUGUA